GGGGCGGGGCGCGCGGGAUUAUUAUGGGCUGCGGGCGCCGCCGCCGAGGCGCACAAGAUGGAGCUGUCUGCAGUGGGGGAGCGCGUCUUCGCCGCCGAGUCCAUCAUCAAGCGGCGCAUCCGAAAGGGCCGCAUCGAGUACCUGGUGAAAUGGAAGGGCUGGGCCAUCAAGUACAGCACCUGGGAGCCCGAGGAGAACAUCCUGGACUCCCGCCUCAUCGCCGCCUUCGAGCAGAAGGAGCGCGAGCGGGAGCUGUACGGGCCCAAGAAGAGAGGACCGAAGCCCAAAACUUUUCUGCUGAAGGCUCGGGCCCAAGCGGAGGCCCUCCACAUUGGGGAUGUACACUUUUCUGUCAAGCCUGGUUCUAGCACCUCGUCUCCCAAGCUCCACUCCAGCGCCGCAGUGCACCGGCUCAAGAAAGACAUCCGGAGAUGCCACCGCAUGUCCCGGCGUCCCCUGCCCCGUCCCGACCCCCAGAAUGGUGGAAGCGUGGGAGGGGGGGCUGGCAUCCGUCCCCCCGUCUCACCCUUCUCGGAGACCGUCCGCAUCAUCAACCGUAAGGUGAAACCCCGUGAGCCCAAACGCAGCCGCAUCAUCCUCAACCUCAAAGUCAUUGACAAAGGUGGGAAGCCAGCCAAUGGGGCCGGGGCCCUGGCUCGACCCAAGAUCCCUUCCCGAAACCGUGUCAUCGGUAAGAGCAAAAAGUUCAGUGAGAGCGUCCUCCGCACUCAGAUCCGCCACAUGAAGUUCGGCGGCUUCUCGCUUUACAAUAAGCCGUCUGCUGCGCCAGCCCCCUCUCUGGAGGGCAAGGGGGAGGCCGAAGGCUCCCAGGCGGCCUCCUGUGGGCUCAUGAUGGGCUCCACCCCGUACGAUGCCCCCAGCUCCAGCUCCUCUGGCUGCCCGUCGCCCACGCCCCACUCCUCUUCUGACCCGGAUGAUUCUCCUCCGAAGCUGCUCCCCGAGACCCUCAGCCCGGCCAUCCCCGACUGGCGCGAGUCAGAGGUCCUCGACCUCUCCAUCCCACCUGAGUCAGCUGCCACCAGCAAGCGUUCUCCCCCUGGAGGCUGCAGCGGGGCGCAGACGCCCUCCUUGCCCCUUUCCUCUUCUGACCCAGAGCUGGAGGCCGGCGACUGGCGUCCCGAGAUGUCCCCUUGCUCUAAUGUGGUGGUCACGGAUGUCACCAGCAACCUGCUCACGGUCACCAUCAAGGAGUUCUGCAACGCGGAGGAUUUUGAGAAGGUGGCGGCGGCGGGUGGUGGGGGAGGCGGCAGCAAGUGAGCCAGCCAGAUCCCCCUGCUCCAGGGAUGUGGGGGUUCUACCUGCGAGAAGUCGUGGUGUGAAUGGCUGUCCUUGGUUCUCUCCUUCUCCCCUGCGCUGUCCCUCUGCCCUCACGGCCACCCUUCCUCCUCCCCCUGCUGCCCGAUCCCUCUGGUGCAGAGGCCAGAGUGUUGCAGUGGGGGGAGUCAGGAGGCAGGGUGGGCCGUGGUUGUUUGUCCUUGAAUGUGGUGGCGUCCAACUGGCAGCGGAGCCUUUGGGGUGAGCGUGUUUCUGUGUGCCUGCGGGGUGGCAGGGGGGCUGCACCUCCACCCCUUCCCCUUCCAUCUUUGAGUGAAGAGGAGCUCCAGACCCUCAAGAGGUGGGUGGAAGGAGAGCUGGAGCCUACACCCCUGAGCCUUUUCUCACAAGGUGCACACAGUCUCUUCCAUUCCUGUAUUUUUCCCCUGCUGUGACCUGGAUCCUACCGUCCUUGCCUUCCUUGGCCCGUGGCCUGGAUCUGCCAUCUCUGUGCUGCAGUGACAGAUCCAGAUGUCCCGCAAGGAGGAGAGGGGUGUGAGGUGAAGUGUCAUAGCUGCAAGGUGCUCAUGACAAAGCUGGGGUGGCUGAGAGAGCCCCACACAGCAAACAUCCCAUGGUGGCUUCUCUGUUCCUGCAACUAUAGGUGCUACCUUGGCAGUUGUAUGGUCACUUUUGGGCAGCCUGGUGUCUCCUCUUCCCCUGCAUCUUCCAGCGUGCUCAGCUUUGCAGGUGGAAUGGGAGAGAAGGGGAGCCUGCCUCCAGCCAAACCUUCCUCCUGGCAUUUCAUCACUUGCACUUGUUGGGGGAGAGGGCAUCAAAUACCCCUCUCCCCCUCCAGCCCUUCUGUGGUGGGAGUGGGAGCACCCGUCCUUCGGUCUGGGAGGAGGAGGUGGUCUCCUGCCUCCUCAGCAAGCUUCCCCUGAACCUUUUUGCUCCCUCAGAGGGAAGGAUGGGUGCUAAGGUGGGUGGCGUGCUCUACCCACUCCCUCUCAUCUCUCCUGCUCCCCUCUCUCUGUCUAGGAUGUCUUGGAAGGAGUGUUACCCUCUGUUUUUCCAGGAUCUGAAAUGGCCCCUUACAACUGCCAUCAAAGGUGCUAACAAAAAAUUGCUCUCACAUCAUAAGCAUGCGUGCUGGCUCUCUCUGAGAGCACCUCUGGGUUGAUACAGACAUUCCUUCUCCUUGGCCCUUGCAAGUAGGAGCAAGGGAGAUCACAGCUCUUUCCCUGAUGCUCUUGUCAUGCCCCAAACGAGCUCUCUCCUCUACCUGCCACUUCUGGCUUGCUUAUCCUAAGCACCGUGGUGAGAUGCCACUCCUUCCUCUCCCUUCUCCUCUACUUGCAUGUGGUUGGGCUGUAGGGGCGAGGAAAAGGUGCUGAUGGAUCAACCCAUGGGAGAGCCUCCCCUCCUAGCCUUGUCCCCACUGCUGGGAUUGGGGCAGGGGGGUUUUACUUCUACGUCUGUGGUGCAGAGGUGGGAAAGGGUGGAGAGAAUUCCCCACUCUGAGGCCUGCAGCUGUGCCCUGAGCGGGUGAACACGAGCGGAGCUGACCCUUUGGUGCUUCUGCAUGAGGGACAGGGUGCUGGCAGCCGACUGCUCUGGCAGUGCUCCUGCCUGGAGCUGUCAUUUUGUGGUCUGAGGGUAGCAGCGAGGCGGUCUGUGGGAUAGAACUGGGGUGGCAGAAGGACCAACUGACCGCUGACUGUAAUUAGAGCCUCUCUAAUUGCAGCUCCUCAGUGGGUGCAGUGAAUGCCUCGCUGCCUGCCCACAGGAAUGCCUCGCAGCGGAUGGGGUUUGUGUUGGGUUCAAAGGGGCUCCAGGUGCUGCGAUCUCCACCCUUGGCACACCUCUUUGUUUCUCUUCCCUUGUUUUAAGAGCUCAGCAGGUGCUUUGGGGAUGCGGCUGCAUUCACAGCUGAAGUCAGGGGCAGGGAGAAAGAGACUUCCCUGAUCCAUUCACCCAAGCUAAGGCUUCCUAUAACGUGUUGGACUCGUGUGCGUGUCUGUAUUAAUACCUGCCUGUAUUCUUUGUGUUCUUACUUUUGCAUCUUUCCUGCGCCUGGCACACCCAGGGUCCCUUAUUUGAGCAUAGCCUAUCCACUGCUUCAAGGACGAGCAGUCCAUAGUUCUGGGGAAAAGCUCUUCCUUAGGGAAUCAGCGAGGAGAUGCUUCUCUUUUUUCCCCUUGUAAGCAACAAGAAACCACAACUAUUUGGAGGCUACAGGAUAAGAGGAGCUUUAUGGGGUGGAUGCAAACCGGCCUGUCACCUUAGGUUGUUCAGUUGCUGUUUGGUGUGUAUGUGGUGAUGUGUUUUGUUCUGUGAUAAUGAGGUUCUGAAACAAAUCGGAGCGUUUAAGUGGGAGAUAAAAGGGAACUUUAAUAGGAAACUCUCGAUGUGUUGUGGCCAAGUUGCGUUCGCUUGGCAGACUUCUUUUCUCCGGUGUCUCUUAUAUGGUGUUCUUUAGGGGCGGGGGGCAGGAACUGUGUAGUUGAAGGGGUUUUGCCUUUCUCCAGAGUGACAAGCAAAGGGGACCGUCUGAAGAGCACACGGUGGGUCAUGGUAGGGGUGCUGUCGUGGCAGGGAAGCUCGUGCGGUACAUGCUCUUUGCAGAGGAGGAAAGGAGUGCCAUCCAGCUUGCAGACACAGCUCAACCGCCUGCGCGACGCAUCACUCCCUGGUUGCGUCGCCAGGUGGGAAUCAAACCCUGAACCUCUGGAUCUGGAACACAGAUCCCCUGCUGCUUCCAGGUAGAGGCUGCUAUCUGGAAGUCUCCAAGUGCCCUCGGGUGGACGCGCCGCUUGGGGCCGGCCAACCGACCUUCGUAUUCAUGUGGGUUACGCUCUUCCUCCUCAGUUUUUGCCCUUGCUCUUUAAUGGAGAUGGGAAGGAAGAUCCAUCCGUUGCCCUUUGGAAAGGGCUUGAGGUUGAGGGGAGGAGUUCAUUUGAAAGUAUCCCCUUCCCUUCCCCGUACACCCUAGGAAAAACAAAAACAAAAACAGGGAGAUAUUCUCUGUGUCUGUGCCAUGUUUGUUCUCUUGUCGUCGUGUUUUUAGAGGAGAUUUUAUGAUGGAGUGGAAAAAGUGAAAUGAUUAGUUUUGCAUAAAAAAAAGAGAAAAGCUUAAAAAAAAAAUUUCUACAGGGAGAGAGAGAGCGAGAGAGUUUAAAAAUGAAUAAUAAAUGCGGUGAUUGCACAAACUGUAGCGGUAUUAGGCGGUCCUUAGAGAAAAGAGUAUUUUGUAGUAUCGAAGUAUGUGUGUCUGGGAUGGUGUUUGGUUGCUUGACCCGGAGGGAAAGGCAUCCUGGGACUGGCAGCGAUCUCCGAGUGGAGAAGGCGAGUUGCAUGUUGGAGGAACCCCGUCUGUCUGCAGCCCCCUCUGCCCGCGCCUCCCACGUGUUGGAGUUCCCUUCCCUCCCAUUCCUCUCCUGUGAGCUAAGGUGGAGUCUCCAAAUGGUUUUUCUGGCCGAGCAGCCCUCAGCAGUGGCCGCUCCUGGCCCACCACGUGGAAACAGUUGACUUUCUUUGCAUGCACGGCAAGCUGCUAAGAUUCGGGGUCAGCAUGUACCUUUCCUGCCAGAUCGCCGCCUUUUCUCCCUUCCCCUUGUCAGAGCAGGAUGUAGCACGGUGGGCUCAUCUGGGAAGAGGAUGCACCUCCCCUCCGUGGGGUCUUUUUAAACUGAGGCAGGGGAGGUUUAGGUUAGAUGUUAGCAGGAAGUUUUUCACCCAGAGGGUGGUGAUGCACUGGAACAGGCUGCCCAAGGAGGUUGUGGAUGCCCCAUUCCUGGAGGUGCUCGAGGCCAGGCUGGAUGUGGCUCUGGGCAGCCUGGUCUGCUGGUUGUCGACCCUGCACAUAGCAGGGGGGUUGAAACUAGAUGAUCAUUGUGAUCCUUUUCAACCCAGGCCAUUCUAUGAUUCCUAGUGUUGGGUAGGGAAUGGCAGUUUUCUUGCAGGAUUCACCACAUCAGGUCAGAGAACCCAGCCCCAUCCGCCUGUCCCAUCCCUGACUGUCACCACGUCUUCAGGGCAGGUGAAGGAGCACUCAGGCUCUGCUGAGGUUGAGAUGCACACCCUCUUCUCCAGGUUCUCUCUGGGGAGAGGAGGGCUCCAAUGGGGUUUUGCGUGAGAGGACCACGUUCUUCCACUCCUGCUUCCUGGAGUUGUCCUAAUAUUGUCCUAACAUUUCAAAGCAAGGAGGUGUACCAUGGUGCACUUGUUUCCCCAUCUGAGAUGGUCAUGCGUUCAUCUGGUGUGGGGAGAAGGCAGCCACCCAGCUCUAGGGGACACUAGGACAGAUUUUCUCACCUGGACUUCUCUUGGCUUAGCAGCGGUAGGCAAUGGGCAAACUGCUGCCUCCCGCAGCCUGUGCUGUUCCUGGGGAUUUUCUCUUCUCUCUGAGCUCUGUCAGUGCUUCCCACAGCUUUCGACUUGGACCCGCCACCUCCUGGCUCAUGCUCUUCUCGCUGAGCAGUGCGGGACCAGAGAGGUGUGCAGACAGAGAUGCAAGCUCCUUCCAGCGUGGAAAACGAGCAGACUGUGGUGAGCCGCUAUUGCGUUUUCAGCAGAGAAAAGGGAGCAUUUCUCCACGUCUCCCCUUUCUGAGAUUCCCAGGGAGAUUUAUGAGAUAAUAAUUGAAAGGCAAAAUAGAACACCACCAAUCCUGCUCUUCACCAGGUAGGAGCUGUCUGUGAGCUGAGUCUUCCUAGGGAUUCCACUCCCUUUCCCAGCCAGUCUCCACGAAAGGGGCUCCGGCAGCUCCUGGCGCUCGGAGGUGGCCGCAUCCCAAUCCCUCCUGGUGGGGAUGAGAAUGUCUUCCCUGGGCUCUGCCCUGCUGAGGGACACUGCCCCAGGUCCCCGCACUCCUGCCUGCUGUGGGGCAGCGUGGGAGCAGAUCCUUCCCCCAGGGAGGUGUAACAAGCCUGGAGCGCGUGCCUGGCUGCGUGCUGAUUUUCCCCUUCCCCACCUUCCAACAAGACCUUUCCUUCCUUGCCUGGCGCAUCCUUUUACUCCAAUGUCGCUUGCUUUUUGCUGCAUCUUUCAAUAGCCCAAUAAUCGUGCAAGAGCUGGGAUCUUAUUUACUUUUUUAUAUAGAAAUCUAUAAAAGAAAUGCCCCCUUCCCUCUCCCCUACCCCCUUCUCCCCACCGCCCUCCUCUGCGCCGUGCUGCCGAGGGCUGGGUUUGGGGCUGGGCGUUAGGAGCUGCAGAGCUCUGCUGGGGGACAGAGGAGGGCUGAGCAUGGCUUUGGAAGUGCCCUUCUCCGUGCUUCCUGCCCUAGGUGGCUCCAGCAAGCAUCUCGAUGCUGUGGGUUUGAGCAAAUAAGUGGCUUUAUUUCUAAUUUUUUUUUUAAUUAUUGUUUUUUGUAAGGUCCACCCCAGAGCACAUGGUUUCUUUUUGGGAGGGACAGAUGAGAGGAGACGCUGUCUCCAUCCUUGCCUGCUCCCCCUUUGCUCAUCCAUCCGCCCCUCCAUCCUCUGCUUUCCUUCUCACGUAGGGUUCGGUCCCCAUCUGUGCAGGGCUUGGGUUUCUCCCUUCCUGCAGCUUUCUCCUCCCAGCAGUGAGAGGUUCUGCCCCCAGCCCUUCCGGGAAGCGCAGAGGCUCAGGCCAUGCUUUUAAGCAGAACCCCUAUUCCAGCAUUGUUUUUCAUUUGUUUUCUUUCUGCAUAGAUAGCCGCCCAGCGGUGACAAAGGACAGGGCCCUGCCUCAUCCUUUUCUCCCUCUCGCCCUCCCCAGUGUCAAGCAUAGGCUGAAACUCCACAGAUUCUGAGCUGUGGCAGCACUGGAGCCCUUUUCCUCCUCAUAGAGAAGGUCAGAGCUGCUCCCAGAGCGCUGGGGGCUCCAGUGCAGCCCAUCCAUCUCCUUACCUCCCUCACUCAGCAUACAGAGUGAAGGCGGUCAUUUUUUUUUUUUUCGUUGUUGUUGUUUAAUUUAAAACAAAUAUGUAUCUUUUUUUUUUUUAAUUAUUAUUUUGGAGGAAAAAGAAAAACAUAUAAAAAUUGUGCACGGAUGAAUUGUGUAUCUAUAUAUCUCUCUCUUUUUCUUUUGUCUUGCGGUUUUCAUUUUUCAAUAGAGCGUUUGCCUUUGUUGUUUUCUGUUCCAUCCAGUUCCCAGCUGGCUAAACUCUGAGCGGAGGGGGGGGGACACGGUGGGGGGCGAUGGGAUCGCCCCUGCCCAGCUGCCCCCACACGGAAGCGGUUGGCUCCAGGUUUGGGGUGGGGGUUGUGCUGAUGACUCUUGUAUUCUCUUGUACAUUUUGUUCUUUCUGCUGCUCUUGAAUAUUGUAUCGAUGCCAGAAAUGGGGAGUUAAAAAAAAAAUAAAAAAAAAAUAAAAAAAAAAUUAAAAAAAAAAUGGAAAAAAAAAA